AAUUUACUGGGAUGAUGUUGAACAUUGGCUACCCCUACACGUGACCUGGCGAUUAUUUUACUUUGACGAGUGACAGCUACAAGCACGACAUAUCAACACCAUCCCUUUGUACCCAACGCUUGUAUAACAGUCUAAAAUAUUCGGCCAGUUAUCUCAAAUGUUAUUAAUGUUAUAAAAUUGUGUGAAAUAGAGCGAUUAAGCGGCAAAGAUGCGCUCAACAGUCCGUUUCCAGGCGCUGUCCCGACUACCAGGAUCUGUCUUAUCCAAACCACCGUCGCCAUCAGUCUGUCGCUCAAUACUCUCUUUGAAUCCGUGCUCGCCUAGUCUUGCUACAAAGGCUAGAAAGUACUCAUAUGGAACCAUAAACUCUCAACCACCUAGAGAGUCUCGAGCAUUCGCACCCUCCGCCGCGGCUCUCCUUGCUCUCGGCGGACUGACCUACUACCUUUUCACGCCAUCAACACCUCAGUCUGCCACAUUGAACAAGGAAACAUUUGUUCCAUAUACUAUCACAUCACGUGAAAAUAUCUCACCCACCACAUUCAUCGUCACCGCCGAGACGCAGAAUCCACAGAAUGCAUCGACGUACCUAAAGCCAGGGUCAGGGGAGUGGAUGUUCCCUCAGUGGUCUGUCGAGUUUAAGCAACCGGAAGUGCAGAUUGCACGCCACUACACACCACUGCCUCCAUUAGAUGGUGAAGACACAAAGGCAGGCGAUCUAAGGUUCUAUGUCCGGGCCGUGCCAGGCGGCGAAAUGUCGAGCUAUCUCGGCAAACUAGGGGUUGGCCGACAGAUGUGGCUCCGCGGCCCCCAUUCCGGGUUCAACAUUGCAGACAGACUAGGAGAUCAAAAACAUGUCGUGUUUCUAGCAGGUGGUACAGGCAUUGCCCCCGGCAUGCAGGUUACCAAAGCAGUACUUGAUGCAGACUCGACAGCGACGGUCAACCUACUCUGGGCUAUCCGUAAGAACGAGGAGCUACAGAGUACAACCCCUCAGAAACAAAGAUCAUGGUGGCAGUUUCUCUCCGGAUCAACGUCUGGCUUGCGCAAUGUGGAUAUUGAUAUUCAGUCCCCUAGCCCAAUAGGCCGUGAGCUUGUUGCGCUUAAAGCUCGAUACGGCAACAGACUCGCUAUCAAAGUCGCAGUGGAUGAAGACAAGACUUUUAUUCAGGAGCGAGAUAUCCGAGAUGCAGUCAACAGUGUACUCACGACACAUACAAGUCUCGCUAAUGAGAGCUGCAGGCUGCACAGCCAACUCAUGCAUACAGUGUCCUCGGAAUUUGAAGAGCAAGGAGAGACGUGCGUAUGCAACGCAACUCCUGGGGGCGCUGGAAAAAGCUUGAUUCUAGUCUCAGGGCCAGAAGGGUUUGUCUCGCACUUCUCAGGGCCUAAAGCUUGGGUUCAAGGUGUCGAGACUCAGGGCGCAGUUGGAGGCAUCAUUGCCAAGAUGCAGCGCGGUGACCAGUCAUUCAAGAACGACUGGAUCGUUCUAAAGUUGUAGAAACACAUGUAUCAUAAACUAAAUG